UGACUAGGGUGUCACGUCAUUUUGACCCGUAAUUAUAAUGCGUCAACAGAACAACACUGUAGCAAAGCGAAUAGACUGCGAGCAGUCUCUCUUUUGCUCGAAAAUCCGUAGGGAAGAACACAAAGAAGAACGCAGCAAAAGCGAGCGUUGGGUCGUGAGCGUGGGAGCGUGAUAUGCCGCGAGCUGCAAUGUCACGCUCGCAGUCACGCCCGCAUGCUCACUUGUUUUGCGUUCAUCCCCAUGGAUUUUCGAGCGAAAGAGAGACUGCUCGCAGUCUACAAACGAAACUCAUCGUUUUUCUCCUUCGAAGAAGGAGUAGAGGAAAUACCCUGUGUCAGGAGCCCAUGCAUUACCCUGCCUGUGUAUUUGAACUAUUGUUAAUUGUAAACACUCGAUACUGUAUUGGACUGCAGACAUAUUACGGCUCGCAGUGAACGCAAGCCUCGCUAUCGUUUUUGCGCGGUUACAAAUCCAAUAUGGCUUCCAAAACAUAAUUUUGACCUCCUUCGAAGACGUUUCGCUCACAUUUAUUUCAAAGCUGGUUUACUUAGGAAUCAGAAAUGGCGCUGUCUGCAGACGAAGUCUUCGAGGUAAUUGGCAGCUUUGGUCGAUAUCAGCUGUUUAUUCUGAUUCUCUUCAAUAUUAUCGAGUGGUUUUGGUUCGGCUGGCCCAUGAUGGUUAUGACGUUCAUUGCCGCUGAGCCAGCAUGGCGCUGCAAAAGUAACAGCAGUUUGUGUCCGCUGAAUGGAACCUUCGAACCUGAACACAGACAUUACAAGUUCCGGUGUCACAUUCCACGAAACUCGUGGGAAUUCGUGGAUGAUUUCACUUCUGUUGUGACACAGUUUGACCUGGUUUGUGACAAAGCCAUCUAUGGGACGAUUUCUACCUCUCUAAUCUUCUUUGGUGGGGUUCUGAGCCCUCUUUUGGUGGGAUCAUUGGGCGAUAAAUUCGGAAGAAAGAAAAUGGUGUACCUAUUUGGAUUUCUUGCUGCCCUUUUUAGCCUUUUGUCGGCAUUUCCUAAUGUUUACGGACUGUUUGCGUUCUUCAGAUUCAUCGUUGGAUUCUGUUUAGCUGGUGGUUCAAUGUCUUUUUUUGUGCUACUCACCGAGCUUGUGGGUACUCGGCACCGUAGCCUGAUGGGAACUUCCUUGUGGUAUUGCUGGACGCUGUCUCUAAUCGCUUUGGCGGGAGUCGCAUAUCUUAUCAGAGACUGGAGAACGCUGUGCGUUGUGACUGGGGCGCCUGCGAUAGGAAUCGUUUUUGGCUGGUUUUUUACGCCAGAGUCUCUUCGGUGGUUGCUAGUAAAAGGAAAGAUGGUUGAGGCAGAGAAACUCUACCGAAAGAUCGCCCGCAUUAAUGGUAAAGAACUGCCAGAGGAAGGGCUAGAGAUAGACACCGGAAAUGACGCUAAACAAAGACUCGGAGAUUUUAGGGAUUUGUUUAAAACAAAAUCUUUGACGAAGACGACGCUGAUUUCUUGUUUUUGUUGGUUUGUCAAUGCUCUGGUGUACUAUGGUGUGUUUCUAAGCGCUCCUUCUAUUGGUGGAAACAUGUACCUCAACUUCUUCCUUGCUAGUAUCAUUGAACUUCCAGCUAUCCCAGGAGGCAUCUGGAUCUACAACAGAUUUGGACGAAAGAAAGGAGUUAUUGUCCCUAUGCUAUUUGCCGCUGUUGGUGCCGCGGGCUCAGUUCUUUUGACGACUGACGACGAAUCCCACAAAGGAUUUCUCGCUGGUAAAAUCAUACUGUCAAUGAUCUGGGCUAAAUUUUGGAUCAUGAUUUCUUACGACGGAGUGCUCAUUUAUUCAGCCGAGUUAUUCCCCACAGUUGUAAGAAAUGUUGGUAUGAGUGCAUCUUUGGUCUGUUCCAGAGUUGGUUCUUUUCUCUCUACUUACGUCAUUUUCUUGGGACGAGUGCACCCCAUCCUUCCUUAUGGAGUCAUGGGAGUAUUAGCCUUGAUCGCUGGGUUACUCUGCUUGUUGUUGCCGGAAACCCGCUUCAAACCAACGCUGGAAAAUAUCGACCAAGAGAAACAGGAGUGCAGCACUGAGACUGUUGAAAGCGACAAUGAUUUCCUCGGAACUGAUGAAAGGGAGCCUCUUGUUCCUCCUACGGACAACCUCGUAUGAGUACAUGUAAAUUCAGCAAUAAAUUAAAUGAUUUGUGAAUAAAAUUGAUUGAUUAAUUUUAA